CCGCCCCCUUCCAGCUCGUUCUAUUUAAUUGUUGAAUUGUCAGCACCGCCCGCCCGCUCGCGGCCGGCAGGGGGCGGAGUUAGAGCUUUGAACUUUUCCGCUGCGUGUGCCGGAGGGAGGAUAAAUAGAAGAAGAAAGCUGGGAAGGAGCAAAGCAUUGUUUACAAAUGUCUUAAUAAUGAGCAAAUGUGGCAGGAAAAAAUAUAUUAAGACAAGUAUAAGACAAAUGACCAUGGAAACAGUUGAAUCUCAGCAGGAUGGAAGUGUAACAGAUUCUGUAACAGACAAUGAUUCUGCCCAUGUACAGACUCAGACUGGUCAAAAUUCUAUUCCAACCCUAGCUCAGGUUUCUGUAGCUGGAUCAGGCACCGGAAGAGGCUCUCCAGCUGUAACUCUAGUGCAAUUACCUUCAGGUCAAACUGUACAUGUACAGGGAGUGAUUCAGACACCACAGCCAUCGGUUAUCCAGUCACCACAAAUACAAACUGUUCAGGUAGCAACAAUUGCAGAGACAGAUGAGUCUGCAGAAGCAGAAGGUGUAAUUGAUUCUCAUAAACGUAGAGAAAUCCUUUCAAGAAGACCUUCAUAUCGAAAAAUACUGAAUGAACUUUCAUCUGAUGUGCCUGGUGUUCCCAAGAUUGAAGAAGAAAAAUCCGAGGAAGAAGGAACACCACCUAACAUCGCUACCAUGGCAGUGCCAACUAGCAUAUAUCAGACUAGCACGGGGCAAUACAUUGCUAUAGCCCAAGGUGGAACAAUCCAGAUUUCUAAUCCAGGAUCUGAUGGUGUUCAGGGACUACAGACAUUAACAAUGACAAAUUCAGGAGCUCCUCCACCAGGUGCUACAAUUGUACAGUAUGCAGCACAAUCAGCUGAUGGCACACAGCAGUUCUUUGUACCAGGCAGCCAGGUUGUUGUCCAAGCAGCCACUGGUGACAUGCCAACUUACCAGAUCCGAACUCCUACUACUGCUUUGCCACAGGGAGUCGUAAUGGCAGCCUCUCCAGGAAGUUUGCAUAGUCCACAGCAACUAGCAGAAGAGGCAACCCGCAAACGAGAAUUAAGACUUAUGAAAAAUAGGGAAGCUGCUCGGGAGUGUCGCAGGAAGAAGAAGGAGUAUGUCAAAUGUCUUGAAAAUCGUGUGGCUGUUCUUGAAAACCAAAACAAGACUCUCAUUGAGGAACUCAAGGCCCUCAAAGAUCUUUAUUGCCAUAAAGCAGAGUAACUGUCUUUGACUUGGACCUUGUUUACUGUGAACUCUAAUCAAGGCAUGAGAUGCAGCAAUUCUACAAAUUGCCAGGUGGACUUGUGGAAGGGACACUUGUGACCCUUGGGAAUCCAGUUUGGCUUAGUAUUUGAAACUGAAUUGGGAGUGUUGUUCCAAAAUUUGGAAUGCAACCAUGAUCACACAGUUAUACCAAGCUUUCUUCAAUCUGUUUGCCAAUAGCAUGCAAAUGGUUUUUUGUUUGCCCUUUUUGCUUCUGCUUUUUGCAGGGAAGCUGCUAAAGAAUGUCGACGUCGAAAGAAAGAAUAUGUAAAAUGUCUGGAGAGUCGUGUUGCAGUGCUGGAAGUUCAGAACAAGAAGCUUAUAGAGGAACUUGAAACCUUGAAAGACAUUUGCUCUCCCAAAACAGAUUAGUAGAAAUAUUUACGCUAUGAACUGAUUACAACAUGUACAGUUGCUUUUGAAGGCAAUACAAUAUAUAGCCGGCAAGAAUUAUGGCUUUUUUCCUUUGUAUCAUUCAUCUUAUACUAUAAUUUCUAACAUUCCUGAAAUGCUUCACUGUACUUUGUUGACUCUUAGCUGUAACUUCAGUUUUUUAAAGGAGACAAACUGUAAAAAAUGUAUGUAACAAAUUCUUAAAAUGCAAUAUUUGUAAGACUUGUUCCAUUGCCACAUAUUUGCAGUUUCCACUCUUUUGUGUCACUAAUAGUGUCCUACGCAAUAAAAUAUUUUGCAGGUCUUUUAAAAAUCAUUUUAGGAAAGGAUGAUCAGAGAUAAUGCAUCCAACAGUACAAUAAAAUCAACCCACCAAAAAUACCUCAGGAAGUAGUUGAUAGAAAGUAUGUUCUGAUUACAUACCUAUAUGAGAAUAGUAGCUCAUAAAUGAAUUUAUGGCAUUUUUCAGAUUUUUAUAUUAGUUGCUUUGUGAAGAAAAUAUUGUAUUGCUGUCCUUGAAUGCCAUGGUUGAAGAUAGUUUUUAAUAGAACCAUGUUGGUUACACUUUGUAGUGUUUGGUGCUCAUUUAAAUAUCUGAAACACGUAUUGCAGUUUUUAAUCUACAGUGUAAUAUAAAAGAUCUUGCAGAA